AUGAGUGGAAGAAAAAUUAAUUUCGGAGCGGGACCAGCGAAGAUUCCUGAGGAAGUGUUGCUCAAAGUGCAAGAAGAGCAGCUCAACUAUCAAAAUUUGGGACUCAGUGUCCUGGAAAUGUCGCACAGAUCCAAGGAAUUCCAGAAUUUGUUAAAUGAGACUGUUGGAUUGUUCCGCGAAAUCAUGGGCGUGCCAGACAACUUCGAGAUCCUGUUCAUGCAGGGCGGCGGAACUGGACAAUUUGCGGCGAUUCCGCUCAAUCUCAAGGGCAAUCAUGAUCACGCGGAUUACAUAGUGACUGGCGCAUGGUCGUCGAAAGCCGCCGAGGAAGCGGUCAAGUAUAUUAGUGUGAAGAAGGUUUUCACGCCGAUCAAGCCGUUUGUGACAGUUCCGGAUCAAGAGAAUUGGGUGCAUGAUAAGAAUGCCGCUUAUUUGUAUUAUUGUGCGAACGAGACCGUUCAUGGAAUCGAGUUUACGCCGAAAGCGCCCGAAAAUCACAAUGUUCCAUUAGUUGCCGAUAUCUCAUCGAAUUUCUUGGCGAGACCUUUCGACUUCAAAGAUCACGGCGUCGUCUUCGGAGGCACACAGAAGAAUCUCGGAGCUGCUGGACUCACUGUCGUGUUUGUUCGAAAUGAUCUCAUUGGAAAGCAGCAGCCGAUUACUCCGGCUGUGUUCAGCUAUAAGGAAAUGGUGAAGAACAACAGCUUGUACAACACCCCACCGACUGGAGGAAUUUACAUUACUAAUUUGGUGCUGAAAUGGAUCAAAUCUAAAGGAGGCGUUCAAGGAAUCUAUGACAUGAAUUUGAAGAAGAGUCAGUUGAUCUAUUCGAUCAUCGACGAAUCAAACGGCUUCUAUUAUUGCGCCGUCGAUAAACGCUUCCGUAGCAUUAUGAACAUUUGCUUCCGAAUCGGUGGAGCCGAAGGAAACGAACAGCUCGAGGAGAAGUUCGUGAAAGGCGCCAUGGAAAAGAACAUGAUCGGUUUAAAGGGUCACAGGUCUGUCGGAGGAAUCCGCGCGUCUCUUUACAACGCAAUUUCACUCGAAGAAACUCAAACUCUCGCCGAGUAUAUGCGCGAAUUCGCAAAUUCUAACAAACUCCAAUAA